AUGCUUUGCCUAGUGCUCUUUGCGCUGUGUCUGAGCCGCUCAGAUGUGGCUGCCUUCAGUUCAAUCGCUGAAAAUGAGGACGCGCUCCUCAAACAUUUAUUUCAAGGCUAUCAGAAAUGGGUCCGCCCCGUGGAAAACUCCAAUGACACCAUCAAAGUCCUUUUUGGGUUAAAGAUAUCACAGCUGGUGGAUGUGGAUGAGAAGAAUCAGCUGAUGACAACCAACGUGUGGCUGAAGCAGGAAUGGAUCGACCAUAAGCUCUCCUGGAAUCCAGAGGAAUAUGGUGGGAUCACCGCCAUCCGUGUCCCCUCUGAGUCCCUGUGGCUUCCUGACAUUGUUUUGUUUGAAAAUGCUGAUGGACGUUUUGAAGGAUCCCUGAUGACCAAAGUCAUAGUGAAGUACAAUGGAGUGGUGACCUGGACACCACCGGCCAGUUAUAAGAGCUCCUGCACGAUGGACGUGACCUUCUUCCCCUUCGACAGGCAGAACUGCUCCAUGAAGUUUGGGUCGUGGACAUAUGAUGGCAGUAUGGUGGACUUGAUUUUAGUGGAUGAAAAUGUAGACAGGAAAGACUUCUUUGAUAAUGGGGAGUGGGAGAUCUUAAACGCUAAAGGUAUGAAAGGCAACAGGAAGGAUGGGCUGUACUCUUACCCAUUUGUCACUUACUCCUUUGUGUUGAGACGCCUUCCUCUGUUUUACACGCUUUUCUUAAUAAUCCCCUGCCUGGGAUUGUCUUUUCUAACUGUCCUGGUGUUUUACCUGCCUUCAGAUGAAGGAGAAAAGCUUUCAUUGUCUACAUCAGUUCUAGUGUCCCUCACUGUUUUCCUUUUAGUGAUCGAGGAAAUAAUCCCUUCUUCUUCCAAAGUCAUCCCCCUGAUUGGUGAGUAUCUGCUGUUCAUCAUGAUUUUUGUGACCCUCUCUAUCAUCGUGACUGUGUUUGUUAUCAACGUCCACCACCGCUCCUCAGCAACUUACCAUCCCAUGGCUCCCUGGGUUAAAAGGCUCUUCCUCCAGAAGCUGCCUCGGCUGCUCUGCAUGAAAGGCCAUGUAGAUCGUUACUCCUUCUCAGAGACUGAAGAAAAGGAAACCACCUUGAAAUCAAAGCUCCCGGGGAAGCAAAAACACAAGCAAGCAAAAGAUGGAGAGAAAAUUGUUAUUGCCUUUCUGGAAAAGGCAGCUGACUCCAUUCGAUACAUUUCCAGGCAUGUUAAAAAGGAGCAUUUCAUCAGACAGGUUGUCCAAGACUGGAAGUUUGUAGCUCAAGUCCUGGAUCGGAUCUUCCUGUGGUUGUUUCUGGUGGUGUCAGUGACAGGUUCAGUUCUCAUCUUUACCCCUGCAUUACAGAUGUGGCUGAACAGCGCUUUGUAG